AUGGACGCGUGCACCGGUGCUGUGAUCGGGAACGUGUCAAUGGCUGGUGUGCUGCCAGAUGCGACGGCUAGCAACUGCCCCUCGCUCGCCUGGUCUGCCCAAUACGUCGGUUUGGUCGGUUCCGGUGCUACGGCUGUUCGCGCUAUGGUCAUGUUCCAGUGCGCAGGCUACAAUCCCGGGCCGACGGCCUAUGUUGUGGCUCUCGAUCCUCUCGCGCAGGUUGUGGCAUGGCAUGUUGCGCUCGAGACCUACGGGUUCUACGGAUACGCCGAGCCCAUCAGUGGCGGGGCUCGAGUGGUGAUCACACUCGCUGGUGCGAGUGCGCUCGAUGCGCAAACCGGUGCCAAGGUAUGGGCGCUCAACCAAGCCGACUUUGCCGCUGCCGGUUGCCUGCCGCUCCAGGCGGUUGCCCUCGAUGCGGAGACAGUGGCGUUCUCGUGCGUGUCGCCAUCUGUGGCAGCAGCGGGGCCGGCCUCGCCGAUGGCAUCGAUCCUGGCGUUGGCGGCGGCAACCGGCAGCAUUCGUUGGGCAACGCCGCUACCACUGCUUGUGCAAAGCCCGCCCGAGAUUACUAUCGGCGGUCUGCCGCAGCCGUCGAUGCUGGUGGUGAGCACUGGUGUUCUGCUGCCGAACACAACCGACCUUACGUUUCAGAUUCUGGCCAUCAACACGGCGUCCGGACAAGUGAUGGCCCGCUCGCCGCCGCUCGAGGCGGGCGUCACUGCCUUCUCGUCGCUCGCGCCGUGGUCGGAUGACGCAACGAUAGUGAUGGAGCUCUCGCCAACUCACUUCAUUCCGACAAACGGUAACAGCUCGUGCUCGGCGCUACUCCGCGGAUACAAGCUGAGCGAUGAGAACCUGAUCCCAGUAUGGGACUCGGACGCGUUAAUGUGGACAGGCAGUGCGUCGGAGGAAGAGUGCUCAGCGCAAGCCUUUCGCCCUGCAGUCGCGAUCGCACGCUGGGGCAAGUCGUAUGUGCUCUCAUUUGUCGACUUUGCGGAAGGCGAGCUCGCCACCUACUCGCUUGGCCUCAUCGACGGAAGCUCGCACAAGGUGCUUGGAUCAGCGUCGCUUCUUUCUCUCAACAGGCCCGGCGCGCCAACCACGUUCACUCGCACCGUUGGCCUCACGCCGACGGGCAUCGUCGCUGUCGUCGGAAGUGACACCGCGUCGCUGCCGUGGACCGGCUUUUCAUCCAAGUGA